AUGCCCCCCUUGCGGCCCUGGGGUCCCAUUUUCGAAGAGAUUACUCUUCCGCAGAAUAGAAUGUCAUCGACAGUUUUCUCGAUGCUGCCAACCUCUCUUCAGUCCCGGCUACCGCCGCUGCGGUCUAUCCGCAAGAGCGCAAGCAUGCAAACCCUCACCUCGAGCAGGCAAUCACACACCCGCACCCUGUCGGGACUCGACGACGGCGUCCACCGAAACAUUACGCAGGCGCGCCUCGUCUCCGAGAGCACGGAAGAGCAGCACAUGAGCUUGGUGGCCACCGAACACCGGACGUACGAGGUGCGAUCGGCGGCCGAGAAGCAUGAGCAGCAGCAGCGGCAACAAGCGGAACAGUACUAUCAGCAACAGCAACAGCAAGCGCCUAGUCAAUGUUCAAACGUAGAUUGGCGCUUCGCCCAGCAAGGACUUGCUUUGAUCGCCGUCGCCCAAGAUGAGUUGAGGCAUCCGUCAAGGCGGCCGGCAGUCGAUUUUGAGAGGAAAGCGUUUCUCGACGGAGUCGAGUACAUCCUCAAGGCCCUUCCCAACGACCUAAACGAACACGAGCUUCACCGACUCCGCACGUCGACACCCCCCAAUUUCAUCCCACCACCAAGUCCGGGCGGUCGGACGUAUUCUCCGUCGCGGGGUGCGAACAACGGCAGAUCGAUUCUUCACCGGGGCGUCCAAAUCGCAGUCGUUAACAUCUUCAUCCUCAUCCACCUGGCGCUGCCGUACAUCAUCCUCAUGCUGCGGUUAGCGGCCCGCACGGAGAGGGAGUACCGGAUAUCGGAGAACCUCGUGGGUGCGGGCAUGGGUCUCGCCAAUGCGAUUGGCAGCAAGGGAAUGCGCAUAACCGGGGCGCUGUACAACGUCGGUGACGGCAGGCUCGGGCAGGCUCUCACGGAGGCCGUUGCCUGGACGGUUGAGGGCCUCACGGGGGGUCUAUCCGAUGGUGUCGGCGAAGGCUUGUCUAUUGUGGCGCCCAAAAGACAAUGA